AUGAACAAUACGUGCAUAAUUCUCCUAUUAUUUAUUGCGCUUGUUUCAUGUGCUUUAUCAUCUUAUCUUGAUAUUCCACCGCCACCCGAACGACCGUUACGUUUUAAAACCAAAGAACAAAUUGAAACUUAUCUCAAAGCUGUGAAGGAUUACUACGAUGCAUUUAAAAUAAAACUUGUUCGUCGAGACAAUUCAAUUCACGAUAUUUAUUCACAUCUGAACAAAUUGACAACCGACGAUAGUAAUGGUAUGGAUGAUACCGAAGACCGGCAAACAAUCUAUUAUCUCGAUCAGUCACCCAUCAAUUCUUAUUUUCGGCGACGAUAUAAAGUCAAACGUUUGAUGAAUAUUUAA